AUGUCUAGACUUUUUAUAAAUUCAGUUAGUACAUGGAAACCUGUACAUGAUACAGUUGCUACUGCAAUCUAUUCAUAUUCACCAUCAGGAGAGAACCAAGUUGCUUUAAGAGUUGGAGAUUCAAUAAAGAUAGAGGAGAAAUCAAGUGAAUGGUAUAGAGGUGUUGUGGUUAGUGUUAUCGAUGGCACUCAGCAACGUGGUAUAUUCCCUGCGAGCUAUGUAGUGGUGAGAAACACUCAGCACGAUUUCGAUGUGGUCACCAACGAACUCACCCAAGUCAUUCGUGAAUGGGGAAUGUUACUGCUCACCUACUUUAAAGAACGAAGAAUAUCAGAGUACAAGAUCAUGAAAGAUCGUCUAUCACUGCUACUCGAUUGGCACUCAAAGAUUCUCUCUACAUCAAUCACACUAGAGGUGCGUGAGAUGCUCAAGGGUAAAGUCAUUUCAAAGAUUGAAGAGGGUCGUAGAUUGAUGGGAUUGGACAUGAUCGUUAGAACACCAAGUGGUGAACCUGCACACGAAAAUAAUACUGGAAUAAUUCAACUUUAUAGAAUGCAUCAAGAAUUGGAUACAUCAAAGACAUCAAAUUAUAUACAGAGAAGUAUUAAUCAGACAUUUUCAUCGGGUAACAAUUCGAAAUCGGAUACCACUUCAGGUGGAAAGAUGGAUGCCAAGUUGGGUCAGUCUGGAGAGAUGUCACCGCAGUUGGCAGCGCAAUUUGGAAGUGGUAGUGGUGCAAAUAAUUUGAUGUUGAUGAAGAAAGCUGCUAACAUUCGUGCGAAUCCAAUGAGACGUUCAAUGAUGGUGUUGAGACGUGAGACAUCAGAAUCCGGCUCCAAUGUUACUUCAUCGAUUGCCGCUGCCGCUGCAGCAGCCACCACCGCUAGCACUCACAUGCCAAACCACAUCUUCUUGGAUUUGAAGAUAUUCAUGUGUUCCGUUGGUGAACAAACCGAACUGUUCUUCUCAAUCUACAAUAAAACCGAAGGAAAGUUCAUCACUGAGGAGUAUCAAGUAGGUCUGACAGCACAGGGAAUGCCACACGACAUCGAUAAGAUCGGUAAGCUCUCUACGCUCUUUAUCGAUAUCUCCAAGAAGGAACUACAGAUGGAUUUGUACCUGGUGUGUAGAUUGAUUCGUAAGGGAAAGAUGUUGACUGAAUCCAGUAAGAAAGCCGGUCCGUUGUUAUAUCGUCGUCCGUUUGGUUGCUCGGUUCUGCGUAUUGAGGAUGCCAUCACCGUCGGCAAGGAGAUGGAACACACCAUUCCCAUUUACACAUCGAAUCAAGAGUCAACGUUUGCACUACUGCACGAAAUGAUUAUAAAGAAUCCAGGCAAUCUUCAACAGGUUCCCAAAGCCAAGGGUAUAUGCGUUGGAAUGACACUGUUGCCAGGUGAGCUUAAACAAGUCAUCAAAGAGAAUCCCGUACUCGAAGAGGUAUCGGUGACGAACAAGCUUGGUUUCCCAGAGGUAAUCUACCCGGGCGAUCAACGUAACGAUUUGUUCUUCACCAUCGAGUCUGGUGAGUAUUCACAAGAUCGUAAGACCAGUGCAAAGAACGUUGAGAUCAUUGUUCAAGCGCGUCUCGAGAAUGGUGAUCUCGUUAAAGAUUGUCUAUUCAACGGUGAUAAGCAUCGCUCUGAAUAUAAAUCAGUUGUAUUCUAUCAUUCAAAUCAACCACACUGGUCGGAAACAGUUCGUGUAAAUGUACCACUAUCGAUAUUGGAACAAGUCUAUCUUGUAUUCGCCAUUAGACAUUGCACUACCUCUGAAACCAAAGAGAAAGUACCAUUUGCAAUGUCAUACCUCAAACUUACGAAUCCCGACGGAACUGUCAUCGGUAACAAAACACAUUCACUCUGUACCUAUAAAACAACCAAGACAAUCGAAGAGUUCUUACCUUCACUCAAAGAUCCAAGUAACAAAGCUGCAAUUCGUAAAGGUGAAUUCACAAAGAUAAAGAUAUUACUAUGCUCAACCAUGUGUACUCAAAAUUUAUCAUUAUUGACACUUUUGAAAUGGGAUCAAUAUACAGGAGAUUUAGGUGAUGUUUUAAAUAGAUUUACUUUUGUAGAUCAAAUUGAAAUUAUAAAGUUUAUGCAAGAGACAUUCAAUGCGCUGUUUGCUAUUCUCGAGGCAAAGAAGGUGAAUGAUCCGGAUUUGGUGUUCAAUGUUAUCACUUGGAUCAUCGGUUUGUUGGUAGAUGAAAAGACAUCGAGAUAUACAAACUUCCGUCCUGUCUUGGACAGAUACAUAGAGAAGCAUUUCAGCUCGAGCGUCGCACACAGUCUGUUGAUCGGAGCGUUCAGAGAUUGCACGUCGAUUCAUCGACUCGGUGCGAUUCGACGAGACACUGAAGCUGUUGAACAUGGAGAAGAUGAACGUCAUCCACAAGCUGGCGGAAGGUGA